AUGGGUACCCAAAAUCCUUUUGCGUGUAAAACCUGUGGAAGAGCUUACAAAAGAAAAAGCUCUCUCUAUAAUCAUAUGAGAUGGGAGUGUGGAAAAGAACCUCAAUUCAAGUGUUCAUAUUGUCCAUACAAAGGAAAACAAAAAAUUCAUUUCAUCAUGCACGUGAUGGCCAAGCAUAAGGAACACAAAGCCGAUGUACUUAAUAGUGCUUGCAGCAAAGAUGCUAAAUAA